AUGAAGUUGAAGAUCGAGCUAGCCAAUAUAGAAGGCGAACGUCAGAGGGAACAAGCUGACUUUCAGAAGGAAGCUUUUCAGUACUAUGCUGAGGUCAUACAGUACUAUGCAACGUAUGUUUCCGUCUGGCUGGACACUGAUGCCUCCACCUGGCUGGACACUGAUGCCUCCACCUGGCUGGAAACUGAUGCCUCCGCCUGGCUGGACACUGAUGCCUCCACCUGGCUGGACACUGAUGCCUCCGCCUGGCUGGAAACUGAUGCCUCCACCUGGCUGGACACUGAUGCCUCCGCCUGGCUGGACACUGAUGCCUCCACCUGGCUGGACACUGAUGCCUCCACCUGGCUGGAAACUGAUGCCUCCACCUGGCUGGACACUGAUGCCUCCACCUGGCUGGACACUGAUGCCUCCACCUGGCUGGACACUGAUGCCUCCACCUGGCUGGACACUGAUGCCUCCACCUGGCUGGAAACUGAUGCCUCCGCCUGGCUGGACACUGAUGCCUCCACCUGGCUGGACACUGAUGCCUCCGCCUGGCUGGACACUGAUGCCUCCACCUGGCUGGACACUGAUGCCUCCACCUGGCUGGACACUGAUGCCUCCACCUGGCUGGACACUGAUGCCUCCACCUGGCUGGACACUGAUGCCUCCACCUGGCUGGACACUGAUGCCUCCACCUGGCUGGAAACUGAUGCCUCCGCCUGGCUGGACACUGAUGCCUCCACCUGGCUGGACACUGAUGCCUCCGCCUGGCUGGAAACUGAUGCCUCCACCUGGCUGGACACUGAUGCCUCCGCCUGGCUGGACACUGAUGCCUCCACCUGGCUGGACACUGAUGCCUCCACCUGGCUGGAAACUGAUGCCUCCACCUGGCUGGACACUGAUGCCUCCACCUGGCUGGACACUGAUGCCUCCACCUGGCUAGACACUGAUGCCUCCACCUGGCUGGACACUGAUGCCUCCACCUGGCUGGACACUGAUGCCUCCGCCUGGCUGGACACUGAUGCCUCCACCUGGCUGGACACUGAUGCCUCCGCCUGGCUGGACACUGAUGCCUCCACCUGGCUGGACACUGAUGCCUCCACCUGGCUGGACACUGAUGCCUCCACCUGGCUGGACACUGAUGAGUCCGCCUGGCUGGACACUGAUGCCUCCACCUGGCUGGACACUGAUGCCUCCACCUGGCUGGACACUGAUGCCUCCACCUGGCUGGACACUGAUGCCUCCGCCUGGCUGGAAACUGAUGCCAUCCAAUAG